AUGCCGUUUCCGGCCGCGAAGCUCUUCAGCGUGCUGCUGCGGCAGCUAGCCAAGCCCCUGGCCGGCUCGCUGCAGCGGGCAGCAGCAGAAAGCCCCGCCUUCAAAGCUGCAUGCGUUGGACUGGCGAAUUGCUGCAGAGUUUUGGAGCAGCAAAUCACAAACAGUUUUUACGACAGAGACCUUUCUGGGGGCUUUUGGCCGCGGCUCACGGAGGCCAAGGCCGUGCGGCUGGGGGCCACCAUCAUCGGCGAGGCUUUCGUCUUCGCCGUCGCAGCCACCGCCCUCGUCAUGGAGUACCGCCGCAGCGCCCUCAAAGAAGCCGCGAAGGAACACCAACUCCAAACCCGCCUCAUGACUUUGGAGGUAAACAACAAACAGCAGCAGCAGCAGCAGCAGCAGCAGCAGCAGCAGCAGCAGCAGCAGCAGCAGCAACAGCAGCAGCAGCAGCUUUUGCUGCUGCUGCUGCAGUUCGAGUUGGAAACACAAGAAACUGAAACAAAGCCAAUUGCACUCAAAUUAACUGAAUUAAAUCACACGAAACUAAAUUCAAAUUAA